AUGAACUGCACAAGAAUUCCGCUUCGUUAUUACUCUACUGCUUCACCUUCUUCAACCACCCAUUUCAAUCAAAGAAUCCUGCAUCUCAAAAAUGCCUUCAAGAUCGAUGAUGCCCUCCAACUGUUUGAUGAAAUGCUUCAAAGACAACCUCCUCCUUCCAUCAUACAAUUUAACAAGCUGAUGACUCUUAUUGUAAAGAUGAAACAUUAUUCCACAGCUCUUUCACUCUUUAAGCAAAUGAGAUUGAUGGGUGUUCCUGUUAGUAUCCCUACAAUGAGCAUCUCUAUUAACUGUCAUUGCCGGUUGAAUCAAGUCGCUUACGGUUUUGCCUUACUAGCAACCAUUUUCAAGCAAGGUCAUCCACCCGAUUUGGCCACCUAUAACACUCUCAUUCAUGGGCUUGUUCUGGCUGAUCGCGUUUAUGAAGUUGUUGAGUUGUUCAAGAAACUGCUUAGAGAGAAAGUUUGUGAGCCUAAUCAAGUUAUGUAUGGAACCGUUAUUAAUGGGUUGUGUAAAGUAGGUCACACUACCAAGGCCUUUGAACUGCUCAGGUACAUGGAAUCAGGCUCUUGUAAACCAGAUGUAGUACAGUACAAUACAGUCAUUGAUAGCCUUUGCAAAGACAAAAUGGUUGAUCAUGCAUUACAACUAUUUACCAUUAUGACUGAAAAGGGUGUCCUUGCAGACGAGAUCACUUACAGCUCUUUGAUUCAGGGUCUAUGUAACUUUGGUCGAGAGACAGAAGCUGCAAGAAUGUUGAUGGAUAUGGAGGGGAAAGGGGUAUCUCCAGGAGUGCAUACCUUUACUAUAUUGGUGGAUUGGUUUUGCAAGAAAGGAUCCGUAAAAGAUGCAGAGCUUGCUCUACAAGCAAUGGUACAAAGAGGACUAAAUCCAAAUGUAAUCACUUAUAAUGCACUAAUCGAUGGAUAUUGUUUGCGUGGUGAAAUAGAGGAAGCAGAGAAUGUUUUGAAAUUAGAGUGGAUAAAACAGAUGAGAUACAAACUUAGGAAGAAACUUGGAGUGAUUUGCAUUAUGGGGUUAUUUCUAACAGAGAAUGUUAUAGAUCGUAUGAUGGAGCAAGAUAUUGUGCCCGAUAUCAUCACCUAUAACAGCCUGAUAAACGGAUACUGUAAGAAGAAGAGAAUCGAUGAGGCCAGGCAUCUCUUUCAAGAAAUCCAAGACAAGGGUUUGAUUCCGGACGUUAUUACUUACAAUAGCAUGUUACAAGGUUUGUUUGAAUCAGGGAAUCCUGCAGCAGCUAGAGAACUCUUUAACGAGAUGCAAGCAAAGGGCCACACUCCAACUGUAUUGACUUAUGGCAUCUUGUUCCAUGGAAUGUGCAAAAACUCCCAGACAACUGAUGCAUUGGCUCUCUUCCGUUCGCUGGGAAGCAACGAAUUGAUGAAAGGUAUAGUGUUGUAUAAUAUAUUGAUUGAUGGUUGUAACAAAUGUGGGAAGCCUAACUUAGCUUUGGAUCUGUAUGAUGAACUUCUAUUAAGAGGAUUGAAACCAAAUGUUAGGUCCUAUAACGCAGUGAUACUUGUUUAUUGCCAAGAAGGCUUAUUGGUUAAAGGUAAAGAAUUGCUCAGAAAGAUGGAAGUGAACGGUUGUUUGCCAAAUAGUUUCACAUACAAUAUAAUAGUUCGAGAGUUACUAAAGAAAAACGAGUGUGGAGAGGCCGAGAUAUUUCUUGAAGAAAUGAUAAACCGAGGUUUUAUGCCUGAUCAUGCUACUUUUGAGAGCUUACUAGUCCGGAUCCCAAAUGUAGGAAAAGAUUCUCGUUUGCGAACAAUUGUUCUAAAGCUAACAAGUGUAGAAAGAAAAGAUGGGGGAAUACCUAAUAUAACAUCUCCGUGUUAACGUUUGUCUUGU